CGUUCUGGCCCGACCAAUCGGGCUGCAGGGCCGAUUGCAUGGCUGGAAGUCCCGUCUGUCUGUACGAGUAAUUUAUGUUUGGGAAUACUCCGUAAAAAACAACAAUACAGUACAUACCGUAUUGUCAGGAUAGUAUAUAUAAUUCUACGGAGUACAUGUUAUCCACCAUAUCAACGUGAGACAUGUACGGAGUAUAAUUAUAGCAGUCGCCAGCUGAUCGACGCAUACGCACUGCUCUGCCGGCGACAAUUGCUCCGUGCUUCUGCCAGCUCGGCGGAGGGAAACCCGAGCGGGCGAUGGCGGGGCCCGUCGGCUAAUGAAGCGGCUCGCUGA